AUGAUGAGGUUGCAAAGAGAGUUGGAAGAAAAGAUAAGCCAGAACAAUCAAAGUACUCUGGAUACGAUCACUAAGAUCCAAGAGUCAUUGGUCGAUCAUAUUGUUGCCAAGUUAUCUGGAUUAUAUCAAAGUGUGCUUGGGGCAGGUUCGCCUGAUGGGAUAGCUGUGCCACCUACCUCGCAAAUGGUUAUUUCACCCGGAACCUUAUUAGGACUUCAAGGGGAAUCCUCCGCUACAAAGGAGAAAACCCCAUUUGCUACAAAGAUACAAACUAAUAUAUCUAACCCUGAGAAUAUGGGUUAUUACCAUAUAUCGAAUUUAGACGAAGAGAACAACAUGGGAGAUAGUAGAAACAACCAUAAAAAAGGCAAGAUUGAGGAAGGUGAGGCAAGUAAGAAACCUCAUAUGAAGAAGAGGGAUGAAGAGAUUAACAACGUCAACACCUACAACACUAGUAAAGGUGUUACAAUCUCCAACCCAAAAAUAAUUGCAGUUGUACCAUCAGACAUCUCUUCAGCCACCAACAACUUCCUUUACCAACCUUUCUCUUCUUCACUUUCCUCAUCUUCAUGGCGUUGUCACCUUCAAGAUAAACAAGUUGUCGUUUUCCAAAGAAAAUUGAGGCGUCCCGUUGAGUUAGAUGACUUGGAGCUAACCUUGGCGAUUGUUUUGAGAAACCCCAAGAACCCAAGUUUUACAUCGCUUUCUUCUUGGAUUUGCCGCAUGCAAAUCGCCAUUGAUGUUGCUCAUGGCUUGGAUUAUAUUCACCAUUGCUCGGGUCUCGAAACCAGCUUCACUCAUAACCAUAUAAAGAUGACGAGUAUUUUAGUGGCUCAAGAUUCUUUAAGGGCCAAAAUCUGUCAUUUUGGGACUGCCGAGAUAUGCGGGGAAGUGAUACAAAAAGGGUCAAAAGGCCUCGGUAGAACAGACAGUAAAGUUAUGAAAAUCGAAGGAACGAGAGGCUACGUGGCACCAGAGCUUCAAUUCAGUGGUUUAGUGAUGCAGAAAUGCGAUGUUUAUGCAUUUGGGGUUGUGGUUUUGGAGUUGUUGAGUGAGGACGAAACCUUGAAGUUCAUGUUUGAUGAAGUGAACGGAGGGUAUAACAAAGUGAGCUUGAUAGAUAGGGCGAGGGAGGCGGUGCAGGCUUGA